AUGGGCAGCACUGAGAUAGUGCUUCAGACGACCGAGCAGAUACAGCAGGUUAGACAGAGGUUGUUGACAGCUCAGAGCCGCCAGAAGAGUUAUGCGGAUAGGCGACGAGCCGAGCUGGAGUUCCAGGUGGGAGACUUCGUACUCCUAAAAGGUGUCUCCUUGGAAAGGAGUGAUUCGAUUCAGGAAGAGAGGCAAGCUGGGGCCCCGGUACAUUGGGCCGUUCAGGGUGACCGCGAGGGUGGGCAGGGUAGCGUAUCGGUUGGAGCUACCUGCGGAGUUGAGCCAGAUUCAUGA